CAAGCCCUGGUCUGCAACGGCGAGUCGGGCGCUGGCAAGACCGAAGCCUGCCGCCAGAUGCUUCGCUUCAUCGCACACGCGUCUGCCGACUGCCGUGCGGUAAGUGCGGCCGCGGGCGGGGCCAAGGAGGAGGCGUCGAAGCUGGAGGACGCCGUGCUCAACACGACGUGCGUGCUCGAGGCCUUCGGAAACGCGCGCACGAAGCACAACCACAACUCGAGCCGGUUUGGCAAGCUCACCUGCCUCGGCGUGACGCCGCACGGCAAGGGCGGCGUGGUGUCGAGCUGCAGCUUUCGGACGCUGCUGCUCGAGCGCUCGCGCGUGGCGGGGCAGGCGGCGGGCGAGCGCUCCUUCCACGUCUUCUACUGGCUCCUCGAGGCGAGGGGACUCGACCCAGACUCAUACGCCAUGCUCGGCGGCACCGCCCGCAGCCCCGCCCCGCCGGCUGCGACCGAAGCGGCUGACACGAUAUACGCGGCGUCCGAGGAGGAGGCGGAGGGCGAGGCGGCCGAGGGCCGGCCGGAGAUGGACGCGAAGCUGGCGGGCGGCGCCGAAGGCGAGGCCGCCGAGUCAAAGGCAGCCCCCGGCGACACCAUCGCUGACGACCCCAUCGCCGGCGGCACCGACGACGGCGAGGUCAAGACGGAGGCGGGCGAGGCGGCACCGUCGUCGGAGCUGGCCGUGGUGGAGGCGGCGCUGGCGGCGCUCGGCUUCUCUGCUGCGGACGUCGCCGGCGUGUGGAGCACACUGCUCGGCCUGCUCGAGCUCGGCAACGUGGCCUUCAUCGUCCCCGGCGGGGAGGGAGACUCCGUGCGCUCCGAGGGCGGGGGGGGCUCGCUCGUCGAGGAGGCGGCGCCUCUCGAGCGCGCCGCGGAGGCGCUCGGCGUGCCGGCGGCGAAGCUGCAGAAGGCCCUCACCAUGCGGACGCACACGGCGCUGGCUGGGCGCGGCUCGUCGAGCCAGAUCCCGCUCUCGCCGAGCGAGGCCGCCGAGGCGCGCGACGCGCUGACGCGCCACCUCUACCAGCACGUCUUCGACUUCCUCGUGCUCCGACUCAACGCGCACCUCGCCCCGCCCUCGUCGGGAGGCAAGGGGGGCGAGGAGGCGCGCUCCCUCAUGCUGCUCGACAUCGUCGGCUUCGAGGACGUCGGCUCCAACUCGCUCGAGCAGCUGCUCAUCAACUACGCCAACGAGCUGCUGCAGCGCCUCUUCAACGCGCACGUCUUCGAGCGCGAGGCAGCCCUCUACAAGGCAGAGGGCAUCGACGACGCCGCCGUCUCGUACACGUCCAACGACGCCGUCCUCGCCGUGCUGUCUGCGGCGCCGUACGGCCUCAUCCCCCUCCUCG